AUGGACGCAGCUUCAUCUACGAAUUCUGCUUCUGCAUCCAAGAAAAAACCCGUGGUCAUCAUCACCAUUGGGAUGGCCGGUGCCGGAAAAUCGACAUUUGUUCAACGAAUCAACUCGUAUUUGCAUUCUCAAGACCCCCCCUCGCCUCCUUAUGUACUUAACCUCGACCCUGCUGUUUCGAGCUUGCCUUUUGAGGCGAAUAUCGAUAUACGGGAUACCGUGGACUACCAGGAGGUCAUGAAGCAGUACAAUCUCGGCCCAAACGGUGGAAUUCUCACUGCCCUCAAUCUGUUUACAACCAAGUUCGACCAAGUUCUGGAGCUGGUAGAGAAGAGAGCGGACACGGUCGACUAUGUUAUCCUCGAUACGCCAGGUCAGAUUGAGAUCUUCACUUGGUCUGCCUCCGGAGCAAUUAUCACAGACGCCAUCGCGUCUUCUCUACCCACCGUCGUUGCGUACAUCAUUGACACGCCGCGCACUAUGGCGCCUGCAACUUUCAUGUCUAACAUGCUGUAUGCCUGCAGCAUCUUGUACAAAACAAAGCUCCCUUUCAUCCUUGUCUUCAACAAAACAGAUGUACAGCCACACGAGUUUGCUUUGGAGUGGAUGCAAGACUUUGAAGCCUUCCAAGUAGCGCUCGCAUCUCACCAGGGAACGACAGACGAUGAUGGCGAACCGACGUAUAUGAAUAGUCUCAUGAACAGUAUGAGCCUUGUCCUAGACGAGUUUUACAAGCAUUUAAAGGCUGUGGGUGUAUCAAGUAUGACCGGAGCCGGCGUUAAGGAAUUCUUCGAAGCUGUUGAGGCAUCGCGUGAAGAAUAUGAAAAAGAUUACGUCCCUGAAUUAGCUCGCGCGCGCGCGCAGCAUCAAGAGACGCUGCAGCAGAAAAAAGACGAGUCGAUGAACAGGUUGAUGAAAGAUCUUGCUGUCGACCGCGAGCGCAAUCCAGACGCCCUGGUGCAUGAUCAAUGGGAUGCUGAGGACGACGAGGAGGAGGAGGAUGGUGGGGACGCAGAUACCAUUGACCGCAGCGAGGAGCCAUGGCCUGGCCAAUACAUCGACCUCACGCAGACACGACGCAAAGGAGAUGAGGGAAUUUCAUGGCCUAGACCUACUUAG